AAACAGAGAACUCUGGCAUAGGCUCCACCUCCAGUGGAGGAUUAACGUCAAGCUAACUCUCACUGCGCAACACGUCCAGUGUCUGCGGGGGGAUUUAAGGACGCGACUUCCUGACACUUGUCAUAAUAUCAACAUAAGACCGGAGCAGACGGGGCCCUGCCACGAUGCCUUUAUCCAUGACAAAGGGUGAUGGCUUCACAGUCUACACUGUGACCUCUGACCCCGGAAGCAAACUGCCCCUGCUGUGCCAGGUUUUCACCUCCUUGUGCUGCAGUCCUGUGUGCAUGGUGUCCGGAAGGCUCCGGAAGCUCAUGGCUGGUCCCCAGUCAGCAUUAGCAACGGUGCAGAUCAUGGCGGGGCUGCUUACCCUCGGCCUGGGAGCAGUUCUUAUGAGUGUGUACAGUGGUCCGUCUGUCACGACCGGUGUUUAUCAAACAUACUGGUCGGGUGGAAUUUUCAUUGUCUCUGGAAUAUUUUGCCUUUUUGCUGAAAGGUUUUCCAGCCCUUGUUUGGUGUGCACGACGGUGGCGGUGAAUCUGGUCAGUGCGGUGCUCACAGUGGCUGCCAUCGUGUUGUACUCCGUCGACGAAGGCCCGAGGUUAGCGAACGAGUGCUUGACCUUUGACCCCACUGUGAGGUCUCACUAUGACCGUCCCUACGCCGUCACGGUGUCGCCCGAACAAAGGAACGUCAGCGAGAGCAACUUCCGGCUUUGCCAGAUGUACAGGGAUGCCACGCUGCCUGCAGUGGUAGGCCUGAAGGUGCUGCUGGGGGCCUUUGCUGCUCUCCAGUUCUGCAUCAACAUCAGUGUGGCAGUUCUGGCCAUAAAGGCACUGAAGAAGAACAAGCGGGAGCAGGACCCUGAUGUUCAGCAGCCACUCAUGGAGGAGGUGACGGCCAAUCCCGUUGCUUAGAGGAAGCCACGCCUUAACGACUGCCACCAAUCACCUUUCCCUGUGCAUGAGAACUGCAGCACUGCUAUACCACUAUAACAUAACACUAAACUUGUACUAAAGUGCUUCUGUUCUACUCUAAACUAGAUUAAUUUCUAGGAAUUUCUUCUUUGGGUACAGAAGAUAACUAAUCAUUGAAAAAAGUUGCAUGAUAAACUUAAAGGGAUUUUCUAUGACUUUUCUAUAUCUUUUUUAUUUUUUAUGAUUAGACUCAGACAGCAGUUCUGCCUGUGCAUUUGUUGAGAGCAUAGCUCUCUUGGCUCUUUCUUUGUUUGAGAAUAUUUGUUGUUGAAGAAGGCAGCCGAAACAGAUCUGCCUGUGGAAUGAAAUAAACGGAAAUAUGUUGAAAA